CCUGAACCCGUUCGCGCCUCAUUCGCUGCAACGAACCUCGAAACACGACGCGUACCCAGCACCCAGCACCCAGCACCAGUUCCGAUCGCAUCAAAGUGCUCGCUCCUUCCGUGUGCAAGUGUAAUUUUGUUUGACAAAUGAAUCUCAAUUCUGCCCUAGAGAAUCCCUAUUGAGUGCACACAGAUAUUAACAAUCGAAACGAAAGCUUAAGCUAUACAGAACGAGACCCCAAACACGCUGAAUACAUGUGCUCCAAGGCUUUGCUGCUCCUGGCCGCCAUGCUGGCUAUGCGCUGCUUUGGCAGCGACUCUGCCAGGCGGACGCUUGCAUUGGCCUGCGAGGAGGUGGACGUCACAGAAGUGGAGGACCCAGACGUGAACGGGGCUGAAGCUAUAGUCGCGCUCGAAAACAAUAGAUAUAGCAGUAAAAACAGCAACAACAACCACAACGAUUACAACUACAACUACGCGUUUGGCGACGUUGAUGGCAUUGCGGAUAGCAACGACAACGAGCAGAACAAUGACAACUAUAACUACAACUACAACAAAGCAGCGGCCAAAUGGCAGCACCAGGCGGCGCUCCUACAGCAACAGAAGCUCUACGGAAAUCCCAUUCACAGCAUAUACGACUUCAGUCGAAGCCAGCCACAGUCGCAGCAACAGCAACAGAAACAGCAACAGCAACAACAGCGGCGUGAGUUUGAUGAUGAUCCAGAGAAUACUGGCAAUGACUUCCGUCUGCAAUUGUCCGAUUUAAAUGCGGCCUUUCAAGGUGUGGGCAGGUUUGUUGUCGAGCACCAAAACCCGGAGCAGGACCAGGAACAGGACAGCGACAACAGCAGCAGCAACAGCAACAGCAACAGCCAGCCGCAACCAGAAGAGGAAUUGUUGCUGGAGCGACGGAGUCGCAUCAGUCGCAGGGAGCCAGAGGCGGGUCAGCAGCAGCUUUAUGACAACGAAUAUGCAGCAGCUGCUGUUCAAGCUGGUGCCCCUGAUGCCCGUGUCGACAUUGAGGGCGAAGAGGACUAUGCCGUGGCGGCCGAGGGCCAGGACGUGGACGAGGACGCGGAUGAGCUGAGUGAACAGCUGCCCUACGGCAUACAGAAUGUGCGCAAGCGUCGCGUUCGCAGCGUUAUGCCGCCCGCCCAACAGCUGCUGGCUCCUGGCCCCAACAGUGACGAGGUAACCUAUCAGUCGCUGUGCCCCACCAAUCGAGUCACCGUCAAGCUGGACAGCGGCGAGUACCGUCCCAAUCAUUAUGUGGAGGUCACCUGUGCCCACAACUACGCCCCGCAGCCGCCUCGGGUCCACAACUAUGACUACGUCUACAGGGGCAACGAUCUGCUGCGGGCCCUGCUCGCGGAGCGGGGCGAGAAGCGUGAGAUCUGUUCGGCGAUAGGCUUCGCUUGCAUCCAGCUUAACCGCACCAUCCACCUGAUUCGGUUAAACGAUGCCUCCGGCUGCUGGGAGUCCGAGACCCGAACGGUGCCCUCCGGCUGUGAGUGCAUGUGGCCCAAGCACAGCUACGGCGACAUUGGCUUUUACCACCAGACGCAAAAGCGGGGACGUGGGGGCGUUCGAGGACGUGUCGCUCCCAACCUUGACUACAAGCCAGGCGUGGGCUAUCGCCAGCUGACGGUGCGAGCCCGGAGUCCCAAAGCCGGGCCACGCAGUCGACGCGAUGAUUUUGGCUACGAGAGCUACGAGUUGAAUUAGUAGCGCGAGCCAGUGCCAGCCGGUGCAAGGAGCAGUGAGUGGUGUGUGGUGUGUGGAGGGUGUGCCAAGCACAAGCAGAGGAUACCCAACUGGAUUUGUGGCGGCAGAUUAACAACCAAGUUGAAACCGCAUAAAUUAUUUUCGCUUUAGUUUAGCCAUAAUGAGAAGAGCCCUUGGUAGUUCAGAUAAUUGUAAUGAAGUAUUAAUAAACAACUACAAUGGAGCAACAAUGGAGCGAGCU